UGCUGGUUUUUAUUUUUAUUAUUUGUUUAUCUUUCUAUAAAUGGACUCCGAGUCUCCCUUUCUUCGUCGUUCCUUUGCACCGCCUUGUCCUCCUCCGAUUCUCGCCGUUCCUCUCUCGCUGGUAGAGAGGUGGAAAAGGCGGUUGCAGACGCGAAGCUCCAGGAGAUCUGUGGACAAGAUGAACCACCGCGCGAUGCAACAGCAGAACGCCUUAUCUGCCAGCGAAGAGAUGAGGGCGCCGUUCGCGGUGGCCGAUCGAAAGCCGCCCGUCUUCUGCCCUAAGCCCCGCCGGCUCAGCCCGCUUGCCGCCGUCGCUGAACCGGUCCUACCCUUCCGUUGGCUCGCGAGUCAUCAAACCGAUUUCUCCGAUUCGAAGGCCGGGGCGGACCUCCAUGGCAUAUUUCUCGCAAAGGGCGGGGAGCAGAAUCAAGUGUCGUCGUCACCGCCGUUCUUCUGCGGCUCGCCACCGAGCCGUGCCGCGAACCCGGUCGUCCACGACGCCCGGUUCGGCGACGACCGCCCGCCGGCAGCCUUCACCCCUGUACCACUAAUCCAGUCAGGUCCGCCGCUCUCCCCCAAGCAGGGCUGUGCCCACGCCAAGUUCGGCCUCAUGCCGGCGGCCGUGCGCAUCGAGGGUUUUGAUUGCCUCAACCGCGACCGCCGGAGCUGCAGCAGCAUCACUGCUGUGGCCUGAACAGCCCUGCCCGCGCUUCCUGCUUUAUUUUUGGAGCGCCGUGUGAGAGGAAGAAGAAGAAGAAGAAGAAGAAGAAGAAGAAGAAGAUAACAUUAACACUAAGAAAUCAAAAACAACAAUUAGGUGCUAAGCACGAGCAGAGAAGCACCAAGUGUUUCAUCCCAUGGAGGAGCUCUGUUAUUUGUGACUGUACAUUUUCCAUUUGUAAUCGAGGUAAUUAUGUAGAUACAAAAUUAAGUGAUCGCGAGAGAGAUAGGAAGGGAAGCCAAUAUUUUGGUGUUUUGUUUUUGAUCCAACCAUUGGAUUUUGAGACUUGGGGAGGAGGGAGGAGGGAGGAGAGUAGAUUUUUGAGCUCAUUGUUGUGGCUUUGAUAUCUUCUUCCUCUUCCAAGUCUGCAAACACCAACGAGUCAUGAAAUGUGUAAAUUCUAAUAACGUAAUGUAUAAAUCGUAUGAUGGUUUGAACCCCAA